AUGAUUCACAGACCACUGAACUUGACAACAAAGAUAAUCGCGUGUUUGUGCGAGACGUCGGAGGAUCGCGAGAAGGGUCGCACGGAGGAUGUCCUGUUGGGCCAGAUGAAGUCCCUCGCCGCCAGCAUCAGCGACUGGUCUAGUGUGGUGAUCGCCUUCGAGGCUCUGUGGGCCAGUAAUACCGGCGUCUUGGCCACAGCUGCGCAGGUGCAAGAGGCCUUGACCAACAUUCGAGAGUGGCUGCGUGCUAACGUGAGCGACAAGGUGGCCAACAGCACCAGAAUCAUCUACGCAGGUUCCGUUUCGUCCAGCAACUGUCGAGAGCUAGCUCAGCUGGACGACCUGGACGGCUUCCUGGUGGGGAGCGCGGCCCUCAGACCCGACAUCAUCGACAUCAUCAACGCUCGACGACCCGACGUGUCCAGCCUCAUCGCGCACUUCGACCGACCCAGCGGCCGACGCGCCUGACGC